AUGUUCCAGAAUAUAUGCGCUAUCCCGCUUGACCACGAACUUUUUACGCAGGCGAUUCAUCCCAAAGAGCCAAUUGUUUCAGUUGGGCUUGCUUCAGGCCAUGUCCAGACGUACCGACUACCACCAGGCGCGAGCGAUGACAGCGAUGAAGACGCGACAUUAGCUUCCGAGAACGGAUUCGGACACAUAGAGACGACAUGGAAGACGAGGCGACACAAAGGAAGCUGCAGGACACUGUCAUUCGCCAUUGAUGGCACGCAAUUGUACUCGGCAGGGACGGAUGGAAUCGUGAAGGCUGCCGACGUCGCAACGGGCAAUGUCACUGCGAAGAUUGCAGUGCCACUGGAUCCGGCUACUGGCUCAAUUGACGCGCCUUCUCUCAUCCACGCACUUUCCCCGCAGACGCUCCUGCUCGCAACCGACUCCUCCGCGCUACACAUUUACGACCUUCGAGAUCUAGGCCCAAAAGCUUCGCCGAAACCACAGCAAACACAUCAUCCUCAUGACGAUUACGUAUCCUCUCUAACACCGUUACCGGCGACGGCAGCGAGCACCAGCGGAUUCAGCAAGCAAUGGGUCACCACGGGAGGCACUACACUGGCAGUCACAGACCUGCGUCGGGGAGUAAUGGUCCGAAGCGAAGAUCAGGAAGAGGAGCUGCUGAGCUCAGUCAUGGUGACAGGGCUUUCUAGAAAAGGCACAAGUGUUGGCGAGAAAGUGCUGGUGGGCGGCGGCGCUGGCGUCCUUACCCUCUGGGAGCGCGGGGUGUGGGAUGACCAGGAUGCGCGCAUCAUCGUGGAUAAAUCACCAGGAGGCGGCGAGAGUCUGGAUGCCCUCGCAUUGCUACCAGAAGGCAUAGGUCCCGGAGGAAAGAUCGUUGCCGUGGGCUUAGGCAACGGAGGGAUACGCUUCGUCAAGAUCGGCCCAAACAAAGUCAUUGCAGACGUGUCGCACGACGAACUUGAGAAGGAAGGUGUCAUUGGCCUGGACUUUGAUGUUACCGGCCGGAUGAUCAGUGGCGGUGGGAAGACGGUGAAGGUAUGGCAGGAAAGGGGGGCAGAUGCCGAUAACGAGGACGAGGAGGAUGCAGCUGCGAGUGCUAAACGGUCCCACGGAAGCGACUCCGAUGAGGAUAGCGAUGAAGAGAUGGAUGAGAGUAGUGAAGAGGAGCAGCAAAAGCAAAAGCGCAAGAAGAGGAAGAGGAGGAAGGGAACGCAACAGAGAGGACAUGGCAUCCUCGGGUUCCCGGGGUUGAAUUGA